AUGAACUCUCACUAAUGAAGUCAGUGACGGGUGGUUCACGGGAUCCGGAGCAGAUAGAGAAAUCGAACCGUGAACUGCGUGCCACGUGGCACUCGUCUUCUUUCCAUCUUUCAAGCUUCGCGCCCGUCUCGAGGUUUCAUCUUCGGAUCCUUCUUCUCUCUCGAAGCUCCUCUGCUUCUCCGCCAUCAAUGGCGACCUCCAGCCUUCGAUUGGGCAGCGUCCUAUCCUCCCUGAAGCUCUCCUCCUCGUCCUCCAUCACCCGAUCCAUCCCUGCUAAUGUCCUCUCCGUUCCGAUCACCCGGAGAAAUCCUCGCAUCGGCAUCAAGGCUUGUUCUUCUCCUUCAACAGCGAUCGCCGAGCCUGAAGGUCUCAAGAUCACUUCGAUACCUACUACUCCGGUGGAGGGGCAGAAGACUGGGACGAGUGGGUUGCGGAAGAAGGUGAAGGUUUUCAGGGAAGGGAAUUACUUGGCGAACUGGAUUCAGGCGGUUUUUAAUUCUCUUUCUCCUGAGGAUUACAAGAAUGGUGUUCUGGUAUUGGGUGGUGAUGGCCGGUACUUUAAUCGGGGGGCUGCGCAGAUCAUUAUAAAGAUUGCUGCUGGGAAUGGUGUUGGAAAAGUCCUUGUGGGAAGGGAUGGCAUAAUGUCAACUCCUGCUGUUUCUGCUGUAAUCCGUAAACAGAAGGCUAAUGGUGGCUUCAUUAUGAGUGCAAGUCACAAUCCUGGUGGGCCAGAAUAUGAUUGGGGUAUUAAGUUUAAUUACAGCAGCGGACAACCAGCACCUGAGUCGAUCACAGACAAAAUUUAUGGAAACACACUUUCUGUCUCUGAGAUAAAAUUAGCUGAUAUUCCAGAUAUUGAUCUUGCCUGUCUGGGAACUGCCAAGUUUGGAAGCUUCACUGUGGAUGUGAUAGACCCAGUUUCUGAUUACUUGGAGCUGAUGGAGAAUGUAUUUGACUUCCAGCUUCUUAAAGAUCUUAUUUCUCGGCCGGACUUCAGGUUUAUAUUCGACGCCAUGCAUGCAGUGACAGGUGCAUAUGCGAAGCCCAUCUUUGUAGAUAGACUUGGAGCAAGCCCGGAUUGUAUUUCAAAUGGAAUUCCUUUGGAGGAUUUUGGACAUGGUCACCCAGAUCCUAAUCUUACGUACGCGAAAGACCUUGUUGGAAAAAUGUAUGCUGAGAAUGCACCUGAUUUUGGAGCGGCAAGUGAUGGUGAUGGUGACCGAAAUAUGAUUCUUGGAAGAGGCUUCUUCAUCACACCAUCAGACUCUGUUGCAAUUAUUGCAGCAAAUGCACAAGCAGCAAUUCCCUAUUUCAAGAAUGGCCCUAAGGGACUUGCUAGAUCCAUGCCAACAAGUGGGGCACUUGAUCUUGUUGCAGCUAAAUUGAAACUCCCCUUCUUUGAGGUCCCCACUGGAUGGAAAUUCUUUGGAAAUUUAAUGGAUGCUGGAAAGUUGUCUAUCUGUGGGGAAGAAAGUUUCGGAACAGGUUCUGAUCAUGUACGUGAAAAGGAUGGAAUAUGGGCUGUACUUGCUUGGCUUUCAAUCCUCGGAUACCGCAACAAGGACAAGAAAAUGGGAGAACAAUUGAUCUCAGUUGAGGACAUUGCUAUGGAACAUUGGGCAACUUAUGGACGGAAUUUCUUUUCCAGAUAUGACUAUGAGGAAUGCGAGUCUGGAGCAGCUAAUCAAAUGGUGGAGCAUCUUAGAGACCUGAUUUCCAAAAGCAAGCCUGAUCAGAAAUAUGGCAAUUAUACACUCCAAUUUGCAGAUGACUUCAGUUACACUGAUCCGGUUGAUGGCAGUGUUGCAUCCAAGCAAGGUCUUCGAUUUGUCUUCACAGAUGGGUCAAGAAUUAUAUUCCGACUAUCAGGGACUGGAUCUGCGGGUGCGACCAUUCGCGUUUAUAUUGAACAGUUUGAACCCGAUGUUUCCAAACAUAAAAUGGAUGCACAAACAGCAUUAAAACCGUUAAUAGAAUUGGCAUUGACCAUUUCCAAGCUGAAAGAAUUCACUGGCAGGGAAAAGCCUACAGUAAUUACAUGAUGUAUGACGAGAUUGGCACCGGUGAGCUUCUAUUAUUUCUUUCAUUUAUUUAUAAGAAUGGUAAGCCCCGAAACAUUUGUGAUGUAUGAUGAGAUUCGCACUAGCGAGUUUCUAUUAUUUCCUUCUUUUAUUUAUAAAAAAUGGCUAGCCCACAAAAAAUUUUGAACAAAAUAAUAGUGUUUCAUAUGUUGGGGUUGCUCAAUAAUUCCUAUCAAGUUCUUUGCAAUGCCAGUGAGUCAUUGGGAAUAAACAUGUUCAAUGUACAUAAGACAUUAGCAGUUGUAAAAUAACUGUUAUGUUUUUCUUAAUAAAUGCAUUUUUUUUUUUUCUCCCUAGCUUCA